UUCAGGAGUCUUCUGAAAGCUUCCUAGAAAGAAAAGGAUUUCUCUUGGUUUCUUUUCUUCCUUUCGAUUUGGCAGCUCAGAGGAUGUGAAGGUGGACCGCGUUUCUUCAGGUGAUGUUUCACUGAUGGCUUGACAUCUGCGGAUCAGACAAAAUUCUGCAUUAUGGAGAAUACAGAUGCAGAUGAAUUGGCAUCUAAAACAGAGGAUAAAGAUCCACCCCAGAGCCCAUAUUCUGUUGAAACACCCUAUGGCUUCCACUUGGACCUUGACUUCCUGAAGUAUGUAGAUGACAUUGAAAAAGGAAAUACCAUCAAGAGGAUUCCAAUUCACAGGAAGGCAAAGCAUCCAAAAUUCAGCACACUGCCUCGGAAUUUCAGCCUUCCGGAAAAUGGAGCCAAGGCCUACUCAUGCUCCCCAAAUAAGAGCUUCCUUGCACAAAGAAAGGCCUCUUUAGGGGCAGAAGAAAGCACCCCUCUACUCACACCCACUGACUCAUCACUAUUUUCAGCCCUCCCAAAUGAACCAAGCUACAGAAGAAAGGCCCUGUUAAUAGAAACUCUCAAACAAGAUCCGGUACUCCUUGAUGAGGAGACCGGCAACUGUAGAGGGAGGCCUCAGCUUUUGAGGACAUCCAGUAUGCCUGCCACACUUCCACCAAGCCAAAGCUCGGAAGAAGAAACUCAGCCAGCGUUUCUAAAAUCUUCUGAUGGAAAGGGCUUAGAGUUUGAUUUUACCCCUGUAAAGGAAUGCUUGGGAUUAGAUAGCACCAAAGGAACUUCAUCCACAGCCCCUGAAAAUCUAAGAAAUGUGAAUCAGCAAAUCAGUAAGGUGGUCCAGAGUAGUGAGAGGCCUACAGGACAACAGGAAGAAACUCAACUUGUCUUAGAGCAGCCACAGCUUCCUAAGGAGAGAACACAACUCGAUGCUCCAUGGCAAAGCCAACAUCCAAUAUCUCAAGAAUUGCUUGUGGUUGCAGAGAGUGGAGAAGAGGAAUGCGAUGUAACAGAGGCAAGUACCUGCCCACCAUGUGUCCAUAGUGGGUUGACUUCCUCCAGGGCCUUGGACUAUAAGCUUGAAAACCAGACCCAGCAAGAAAUAGAACUCAACAUAUGUGAGACGGUUAAAGAGGUACUAGAAGAGGAUGAGGUUACAAGUCCUGGUACUACGGAGGUGGAAGGAAGCUUCAACUUUGAACCUUUGCCCUUUGAAGAACCUAGCAAUAUAAUAGCCUUAAAGCAGCAUAUUGCCAUUCUGGAGGAGCAGCUGAAUAACAAAACAGAAGAACUUGAGCAGAUCCGCGUAGUUUUGAAGCAGCAGGAUAAGGAAAUCAAAGCAAAGGAAAGAAGUAUUGAAAUGCUGGCCAGCUCCAAAGCUCAACUGGAAGAGAAGCUUUGUGGGGAGAGCGUCAAAGAAAUUGAACCACACAUGCAUGCAAAGGAUGCCCUCCAGUACCAUGAUGCUGCUGUGAAUACUGAACGUGUGCAUGAAAAAGGAGCUAAGGAGGCAUAUGACAAAGGGGUUAAUGUAAGCAUUACUAUGCCUGUGGAAUCUAUGGGGUGUGUUGCCUGUGAAGUUGAUAAUAAGAAUCUGCAGGUUAAGGAAGUACAUAGAAAGGUGUCUCACGGACACCACGACAUAUCAAGCGUUCCUGUUAGUGUUCGAGAGAAAGAUAGUCCAUCUUUUCAGAGACAGAAAGAAAUGGAACAGCAUAAUAAUCGCUCCACUCUUGAGCUAAGCUACGAUGAGUUGAAGAUUGAUGAACAUAUUAAUAAUGGCAACAAUCCGAAAGACGUCUACAACUACGCAAUGCAGUUCAGUGCUGCUAGUGGUGAAAGCGGCUUGGGUGUUGACACUGCUGACUCAAAGGCAGGAGGAAACAAAGGUAUUUUUCAAGAAGAUUUUAAGCAAGACCUGAAUGAGCAGAAAAGCCACCCAGAAUCAAAGGAUUCAGCUGCAGAUCCCACUGUUGGCCAAUAUGUUAAAAAAAUCCAAGACCUUUUACAAGAGCAGUGGAUGUGCCUAGAACACGGGUACCCAGAACUAGCCAGCGCAAUUAAGCAACCUGCCUCGAAGCUCAGCUCCAUCCAGAAUCAACUUGUUAAUUCCUUGAACUUGCUGCUUUCUGCCUACUCGACCCAAACACCCACAGACAAGGAGAAUUCCAACACACAGUAUCAACAGUUGGAAAUCUCUCCAAGCACAAGUCUUAAAUCUAUCAUGAAAAAGAAAGACACUGGCUUCCAUGCAGGAGGUAACGGCACCAAAAAGAAUCUUCAAUUUGUUGGGGUAAAUGGUGGCUACGAAACAACAUCCAGUGAAGAUUCAAGUUGUGACGAAAGCUCCUCGGAUGGGAAUUCAGAUAGUGAGACUGAGAGAGUAUGUGACCGUGAAGAGCAAAGAUGGGGGGAAGAUGGCAAUGACGGUGAACAGCCAGCAUCUGGACCGUCCCAGGGUGCAAGGAAAGAAGUUACCCGUUCAGAAGAACUAGAGAGCUCCACAAGAGCAAGCAUACAGCACAAGGCAGAGAGAUUUAAACCCUCUGCAGAUUUUCUAAAAGGUUGCCAGAUCUUAAGCAAACACCUGUCAGAAAUACGGAUUACAAAAGACAAAUUACUGAGGCACGUUUUAAGCACCAUCUGCCAGGAGUGGUUCCGAAUCUCAAGCAGGAAAUCCUCCAGCCCGGAAAUUGUUGCAGCUUAUCUCCGCGAGGUUGAGGCAGUUCACCCGCAGUUACAGAAUAUAAUUGUAAACUUAGCUGAUGGUAAUGGCAAUACUGCACUUCACUAUAGUGUUUCUCAUUCCAACUUUCGGAUUGUGAAGCUUCUUCUAGAGACAGGUUUCUGUGACGUGGACCACCAAAAUAAAGCUGGGUAUACAGCAGUAAUGAUCACACCACUAGCAUCAGCAGAGACCGAGGAAGAAAUGGAAGUAGUGACAAAACUGUUGAAAGAAGGCAAUGUUAACAUAAGGGCAAGUCAGGGAGGUCAGACUGCCUUAAUUCUGGGGGUGAGCCAUGAUAGAGAAGAUAUGGUGAAAUCCUUGCUGUCAUGUGGUGCUGAUAUAAACCUUCAGGAUGAUACUGGCUUGUCACCACUCAUGGUUGCUUGUCAGUAUGGUAACAUCGAGAUUGUGAAGCUUCUCUUGACCCAUCCGGGCUGCGAUACUACUUUAAUUGACAAGGCUGGUAAUUCUGCUUUGUCCAUGGCUUUGAAAUCUGCCCACGUGGAAAUUGCAGAGUUCCUCCGGACCCACAUACAGCACAGUCGGUCUCUGAAUACAUAAAGAGAAAUGGAGAACAGUAUCUGCUGGAAUGAGAAAUCGAUAACAAAACUCUCAUUCUUUUAGCCAACUCUGUAACCAAUUUAUAUUCCAAUGAUCAUAGCUGAUAACUGCUGAUUUAUCUACUUAAGGAAAGAAGGAACUAUGUCAGCUAUUUGCAUACAUUCCUAAUAGAUGAGUCACUCCCCUAAGCCUGCUUUUUUUGUAGUCUUAACCAAUUCCCAUUGGCACAAACGAUGGUUAGAUUAUUGCAUUGACUUUUAUUAAUAGUCAUUAUACUUUCAGAAGUCAAGUUGUCUUGUCUCUUCUUCAACUGUAGCUGCUUUGAGCUUAUUUUUGAUUUCUCAAAGCAGUAUUCUUUGUUAGGGAAUCUACUUGGUGGGCAUAAUUCUACAUUUUCCAAGAGUGAUGGAUAAGCACCCAUUAAGUACUUAAGGAUCAAGUGCUUUCAGAUAUGAUAUCAAACACCCAAGCUGUUCCUGGUUCAGCAGAGGUAUAGCUAACAUGGGAUGCUUUGGAGAUUUUUAAAAAGUAUUUAGGUAGCCUGGUACUAUGUCACUUUGUACCAACUACCAGGGUACACCGUACUUGGCAAAGAACCCAGUUGCCUCCCUCCCAGGUAAACUGCCAUUUGAUUAUCUUAUUUCUUAUGGAGCGCCAUAUUGGUGGGUUGAACUCAGUCGUGAAAACCCAUUGAUGGUGUUUAAGGGAAUACAGAAAAUGACAGCAAAACAGUGCAUCAUAUCGGGGACAA